CUUCCGGCUGAACUGACCCAGCUGCCUGGUGGUUGGCUAAUGCCUUUGAAUGAAAGGGAGGCAGAGGAGCGAUGGUAGAAGAAGCAAAACAUAAAGAAAUAGCUCCUCAGCAGCAUUGCAGUGAAGUAUGUUUGGAGAGGAAAGAAGGAUGCUGGGAGACCCAGACUCAGUUGGUACAGAAACAAAGAAAGGCCCUGAUGCCAUCGAGGCUGGGAGCAGAAAGGAACUGUGGGAAGAAAGAGGUCAGAAGAGCCCAGGAGACAAUGAUGUCCUCCCUCUAGUCAUGCAAUUCAGGCAGUUCUGCUACCAGGAGGCUGGGGCCCCCCGAGAGAUUUGCAGCCGACUCUACUAUCUUUGCCAUCAGUGGCUGAAGCCAGAAAGGCUCAGCAAGAAGGAGAUGCUGGACCUGGUGAUCCUGGAGCAGUUCCUGGCCAUCCUGCCCUCAGAAAUGAGGAACUGGGUCAGGGAAUGCAGGCCAGAGACCACUUCCCAGGCGGUGGCUCUGGCAGAAGGAUUCCUCUUGAGCCAGGCAGAGGACAAGAAUCAGAAUCAGCAGGUGCAGGAAAUGCUCACAUGGGAAAGUUACCAUGGAUCAUCUUUUCCAGGUGGUUCCCUACAUUCUUUGCCAUCUCUUUGGGGCAGAGAGAAAGCAGUUUCUAUGCAGACUGAUCUGGGUCUGGUGACCUUUGAGGAGGUGUCUGUUCAUUUCUCUGAGGAGGAGUGGGCUCUGCUAGAUCCAGACCAAAGAAAGCUUCACAAGGAGGUUAUGCACGACAGUUGUCAGAAUGUGGCCUCUCUCGGACUUCUGAUUCCCAAACUCGAUUUUCCACUAGAAGAAGUAGGAGACUUGCCUGUCCAAGAUACAGGAGAAAGAGAGAAAUCAGCAGAGCCUGAUAAUUCCCAGAAUAAGUCCAAGGGAGGAUCACAACAUCAACUUGAUAAAAAACAGCAGAAAAGAAAUGGUGCCACAAACUGGAAGAGGCAGAAUGAAUGCUCUUCCUCUCAGGGGAAUGAAUCUCAGGUGUUUAAAACAUACCAUAGAAUUAACACAUGGAGAAAACCUAAUAACUGCUCCGAGAGUAGAAGGAGCUUGGGUCAGAAGGAAGACCAUCCUGUUCAUCAACAGCUCCACAAAGAGGAGACACAUAAAUGCCUGAAGUAUGGAAAAAGAUUUGCUAAGAAUUCCCUCCUUGCUAUUCAUCAGCGAAUCCACAGUGGGGAGAAGAAACAUAAAUGUCUGUGUGGAAAGAAGUUUGCUCAGAGGUCACAUCUUACACGACAUCAACGUAUCCACACUAGGGAGAGACCACAUAAAUGCUUGGAUUGUGAAAAGAGUUUUGUUAGGAGCUCGCUGCUUACUGCCCAUCAGUGUAUCCACACUGGGGAGAAACCAUAUAAAUGCCUGGAAUGUGGAAAGGGCUUUUCCGACAAUAGUGGCCUAACUGUUCAUCAACGAAUCCACACUGGGGAGAAACCACAUAAAUGCUUGCAUUGUGAAAAGAGCUUUCGUCACUCUUCACAUCUUACAGUUCAUCAACGAAUCCACACUGGGGAGAAACCAUAUAAAUGCUUGGAAUGUGGAAAGGGCUUUCCCGACACUAGUCACCUAACUGUUCAUCAAAGAACCCACACUGGGGAGAAACCGUAUAAAUGCUUGCAUUGUGAAAAGAGCUUUCGUCACUCUUCACAUCUUACAGUUCAUCAACGAAUCCACACUGGGGUGAAACCAUAUAAAUGCUUGGAAUGUGGAAAGGGCUUUCCCGACACUAGUCACCUAACUGUUCAUCAAAGAAUCCACACUGGGGAGAAACCAUAUAAAUGCUUGGAUUGUGAAAAGAGCUUUCGUCAGGCUUCACACCUUGCAGUUCAUCAACGAAUCCACACUGGGGAGAAACCAUAUAAAUGCUUGGAUUGUGGAAAGAGCUUUACUUGGAGCUCACUGCUUACUGCCCAUCAAUGUAUCCAUACUGGGAAGAAACCAUAUAAAUGCCUGGAAUGUGGAAAGGGCUUUUCUUACUCUAGUGACCCAACUGUUCAUCAACGAAUCCACACUGGGUAGAAACCGUAUUAAUGCUUGGAGUGUGGAAAGAACUUUGCCCAUAAGCCACACCUUACUCUCCAUCAAUAUGUGGAAAAGUUUUGCUCAUAGUUCAGUGCUUAUAAACCAGCAGUGUAACCAUAAAUUCUACAGUACAAGCCUAAUUUAACAGCAACUCAAGAUGAUGAUGCCAAGAAAUGUUAGACCUCAGGCACUGAAAAUGUCUGGAUGGUUUUUAUUUUGUGUGAAUACUGAUGCAAAUCAUGGCUUGGCAUUUGUUAUAGUUUUUCUGCUCUAUGAAUUGUUUGGUGUAGCUUUAAACGUUCCUUUUGAGCAAAGCUCUUUCUGAUAGUGUAUCCUUGUGAAAUCAGGUUCAAAUCCAAAUACUGCUUUGUUAAAUCGGGCUUGUAUUAUACAGCUUUUGAACUGGUAUUGCUUAAGGCAUGUUCAGUUCUCAGCUAAAAUAUUUGGAAUAGCAAGUUGAUUAUAAAAUGAGACCUAUUUGUUCUACUCUGUGAAAACAUCUUAUGGAACAUCUUAUGGAUAUUACUGACUUUUAGGGUUAAUAAAUUAUCUCUUUUAGGACUAGGUUCUCUCCCUUGCUUGCUCCACUGGCCAUAUUAUUGUUUGACUGCUGAAUGAGCAAUUCUGCUUAUUGUCUAAAGAGUGGCAUCUAUACUGAAAGAACCAAUGGCCAGAGCAAUUGUCCCUUUUGCUAAACUAUCCAAAAUUGUGAGAUCCAGUGCACUGUGGUGGUUAAGGUGUUGAACUAGGAUCUGGGAGGGCUCCAGGCCCCACCUGCAAGUUGGAAGCCCAAGAGAGACCAGAACCCAGCACAGAGAAGAUGAAUGAGAAAAGACAGAAUUGAGCUGUUCUGAAACAAGUUUCUUGGACUGCAGUUGCAAAACACUAAGGUAACCCUAACUGUAAUAUUAAGGAAUGCUGUAAUAUUAAGUUUGAAAAAUUCUAAAUCUUUUCUACAGUUCUUUACUUUCUCUUGUAUUAAAAGAUUAUCAUUUAA